GUAUUGGUAUUGGUCGACGUCGUUCAGUCUGAAACCCUAAGGCCUACUAAACAUCGAUCCCUCAUCCCUGAUCCCUCUGCCUGUACUCUGGACCCUCUCCUUCACAGCCUCCGCCGCUCCGCGCACCCGCUCUCGACACAAUCAGUCUUCGUCUUCCUCCUUCCCAGCGACUUGCGACCCGUCUCACUCUCAGUCUCUCACCCCCGUGACCCGUGACCCGUGACUUCCUCUCGCCGUUUCUAGUCUUGACCCACGACUUCCUUUGCAAGGAAUUAUCAGCAGUACAGAACCUUAGGAGACUUAACACGGACAAAGAUGAGACCUUUAGACGAGACUGAGACCACGACGGUGUUUGAAAAGCUGUUCAAGUUUACAGGCAACAACCUCAAAAACAUUGUUGAGAACCCUUCUCAUGAAGGCCCAGACCCUGGUUCAGGUCGUUACUGUUUUCGCCUCCACAAGAACAAAGUUUACUAUGUUAGCGAGUCACUAGUAAAGCGUGCUACAAAUAUAGCUCGGACUCAGUUAGUCUCCCUUGGCACCUGUAUCGGUAGGUUCACUCAUGGUGGCAAGUUCCAUUUAACUGUUCAAUGUCUGAGUUUAUUGGCAUCAAAUGCUAAACACAAGGUCUGGCUCAAACCUACCUCCGAGAUGUCAUUCUUGUACGGAAACCAUGUUUUGAAAGGUGGUUUGGGGAGGAUUACAGAGAAUAUUGUGCCGGGUGAUGGGGUGGUUGUGUUUUCAAUGUCAGAUGUGCCUUUGGGUUUCGGGAUUGCUGCCAAGUCUACUCAAGAUUGUAGGAAGUUGGACCCCAAUGGAAUUGUGGUGCUUCACCAGACUGAUAUUGGAGAGUACUUGAGGAUGGAGGAUGAGCUUUGAAUAAUUAGACGGGUUUUGAGUGGUUAUGACAGAUGAGUAAGAUUUGUGCGGGUCAUGUAAGUCCAUCUUCAGCUUUUGAUCAAUACGAGGAUGUGGAUGAUUUUGUUGAACGUUCUUUCAUUAGAGAUUCAGAGUUUUGAUAUAAAUUCUAUAUUAUCAGGAACUUCUGCAUUAUGAUUUUCUUACUUCAAUUGUCGUACUUUUUAUGAAGUUGUUUUUGUCGUUCUGAU